AUGUCUUUCAUGAAGAAACUUUACAACUCCUUGCCAGCCGAGUCUCUCAUUCUCAUUGGAAAUUUCGCAGCUGUAUCUGUAGUUGGUGUUGCAGUAUUUGCUAAAGGUUUAGAUACUAUGAAGAAAGAAAAGAAUUUCGAAGAGGUUGGAGAAAAUCAUGUUUUCUUGGCAAAAUCUAAAUCAUUCGAUCCAUUCACCAAAGCUACUCUUCGAGAGAAACCAGCUUACCAACAACUAUCAUAA